AUGGCGGCCCCGGCCGCGCUGCGCCCGCUCCUGCCCCUCGUCCCCGUGGCCGCCGCGCUGGCGCUGGCUGCGGGCGGGGGCAUCGCGGGGACAGAGCCGCCCCCGCCGCGCUCCGCCAGCGACAUCGUCCAUCCCAUCAAGGUCGACGAGAGCGGAUCCUUCCUGUCCUACGACUUGUCCCACCGGGCCCUCCACCGGCGGUCUCCGGCCUCCAGGAGCAAGCUUCCCGCCUUCUAUGAGCUGCAGUACCGAGGGCAACCCCUGAAAUUCAACCUGAGCCUCAACAGGCACCUCCUGGCUCCGGGGUUUGUCAGCGAGAGGCGCUUCGGGGGCAUCGCCGGUGCCAAGAUCCAGCCUCACUCCUACAACUCCUGCCACAUGAUCGGGGAGGUGCGGGGCCGGGCGCUGCAGCGGGGGCUGGCUGCCCUCAGCACCUGCGAUGGGCUGAAAGGUGUGUUCCAGCUGAUGAACGAGGACUAUUUCAUCGAGCCCGUGUCCAGCAGCCCUCGGGAGGAGGGGGCAGCACAGCCCCACAGGAUCUACAAGCGCCAGGUGCCCAAGGACAGGGCGGAGCAGGGCAGGAGAGCCCCGGCCCCGCGGGAAUCCUGCGGCGUGCGAGAGUCUCGGGAAGGCCUGGAGCGGUCUGAGCGGCGCAGGGAGAGGUGGGAGCAGAGGCAGCAGAGGAGGAGAAGGAUCAAGCGGCGCUCCAUCAGCAGGGAGAAGUGGGUGGAGACGCUGGUGGUGGCAGACACCAAGAUGGUGGAGUUCCACGGCAGUGCCAACGUCGAGAAGUAUGUGCUGACCGUCAUGAACAUGGUGGCCGGGCUGUUCCACCACGCCAGCAUCGGGAACCCCAUCAACAUCGCCAUAGUGCGGCUCAUCCUGCUGGAGCACGAGGAGGAGGACCUGAAGAUCUCCCACCACGCAGACAACACCUUGAAAAGCUUCUGCAAGUGGCAGAAGAGCAUCAACGUGAAGGGAGACUCCCACCCCCUGCACCACGACGUCGCCGUCCUGCUCACCAGGAAGGACAUCUGUGCAGCCAUGAACAGGCCCUGUGAGACCUUGGGGCUGUCCCACGUGGCCGGGAUGUGCCAACCCCACCGGAGCUGCAACAUCAACGAGGACACGGGGCUGCCCCUCGCCUUCACCGUGGCCCACGAGCUCGGACACAGUUUUGGGAUUCAGCAUGAUGGAAGCAGCAAUGACUGUGAGCCAGUUGGGAAAAGACCUUUCAUCAUGUCUCCACAGCUCCUGUAUGACACGUCCCCUCUCACCUGGUCCCGCUGCAGCCGCGAGUACAUCACACGCUUCCUCGACCGGGGCUGGGGGCUGUGCCUGGAUGACCCCCCGGCCCAGGAGGUGCUGGACUUUCCCCUGGUGCCCCCGGGUGUCCUGUACGACGUGGGCCACCAGUGCCGGCUGCAGUACGGCCCCUACUCCACCUUCUGCGACGACAUGGACAGUGUCUGCCACACGCUGUGGUGCUCCGUGGGGAACACGUGUCACUCCAAGCUGGACGCGGCUGUGGACGGCACGGCGUGUGGGGAGAGCAAGUGGUGCUUCAACGGCGAGUGCGUUCCCGUGGGAUUCCGGCCCGAGCCCAUCGACGGCGGCUGGAGCUCCUGGAGCUCCUGGGCCUCGUGCUCCCGCAGCUGUGGUGCAGGAGUGCAGAGCGCUGAGAGGCACUGCAGCCACCCCACGCCCAAGUACGGGGGCCGGUACUGCCUGGGGGAGCGGAAGCGGUUCCGGAUCUGCAACGCGCGGCGCUGUCCCCCGGACAAGCCCUCCUUCCGCCAGCUCCAGUGCAGCCAGUUCAACCCCAUGCUCUACAAGGGGAAGCUCUACAAGUGGACACCAGUGCCCAACAGCAUGAACCCCUGCGAGCUGCACUGCCGGCCCGAGCACGAGUACUUCGCGGAGAAGCUGCGGGACGCGGUGGUGGACGGGACGCCCUGCUACGACAGCGACGCCAGCCGCGACAUCUGCAUCAACGGCAUCUGCAAGAACGUGGGCUGUGACUACGAGAUCGACUCGCAGGCGGUGGAGGAUCGCUGCGGGGUCUGCCACGGGGACGGCUCCACCUGCCACACCGUGCACAAGACCUUCGAGGACAGCGAGGGGCUGGGUUAUGUCGACAUUGGGAUCAUCCCCGUGGGAGCGCGGGAGAUCCGGAUUGAAGAGGUGGCAGAAGCCGGGAAUUUCCUGGCGCUGCGGAGCGAGGACCCGGAGAGAUAUUUCCUGAAUGGUGGCUGGACCAUCCAGUGGAACGGGGACUACAGGGUGGCAGGGACCACCUUCACCUACAGGAGGACGGGGAACUGGGAGAACCUCACCUCUCCAGGGCCAACCGUGGAGCCCGUGUGGAUCCAGCUGCUGUUCCAGGAGACCAACCCCGGGGUGAGGUACCAGUACACGAUCCAGCGCCCGGCCGACAGCGAGAACGAGAUCGAGCAGCCCGAGUUCCUCUGGCGCUUUGGCUCCUGGAGCAGCUGCACGGCCACCUGCGGGACAGGGGUGCAGCGGCAGGCCGUGCACUGCGUGGAGAGGCUGGCAGGCCUGGUGGAGGAGCGGUUCUGCGACGCGCUCACCCGCCCUGACGACCAGCAGCGCACCUGCAGCGAGGAGCCCUGCCCGGCCAGGUGGUGGGUGGGUGAGUGGCAGGCGUGCUCAGCCACGUGUGGCCGCCCGGGGCUGAUGAAGAGGACGGUGCUGUGCAUCCAGAGCGUGGGGCUGGACGAGCAGAGGGCCCUGCAGCCAGAGCACUGCCAGCACCUGGCCAGGCCGGACGCCACCGCGCCCUGUCACCCACAGCUGCCCUGUCCCUCCCCGUGGGCUGUGGGCAACUGGUCUGAGUGCUCGGUGACCUGUGGGAACGGGACCCAGAGCCGCCCUGUCCACUGCAGCAACAGCACGGGGACCGCCUGUGACCCUGCCCAGCGACCCAGCCCGCACAGGGGCUGCUCCCUGCCACAGUGCCACAAGGAAUGGGACAGUGCCAACGCAGACUGGUCUGGCAGCGGCUCCUCCAGCAGGGAGAUAUUUAACGAAAUCCAUUACGUCCCCAGCAGCCGCAUUCCUAAAUUUAACCCCUUAAUCCCAAGCAUCCCCGAGUCCAACGAUGUCAAUGUGAUCACCGAGGAGGACUUCUCAGCCAGGAAAGGAAAUAUCUUUGUUGACGAUUUUUACUACGAUUACAACUUCAUCAACUUCCAUGAGGAUCUGUCUUACUAUCCCUUCACGGAGAAGGAGAGCAAAGGCGAGGAGCCAAAGCCCGAGCAGGGCACUGAGGGCACGGAGGGGCCCUGGGAGCUGCCCACCGAGGGGCUGCUCACCCCCGAGCUGGGAGGAGAGAGCCAGGAGCCCCCCGGCACCGAGGAGAACGCUCCUGUGCAUGAGCGAGAGACACAGCCCGGCCACUCAGCCACCAGGGACAGCCUGAGCGUGCUCCCCGAGGAUGUGGGACCAGCCACCCCCAGAUACAGCACCCCCGGCUUUCUGGGCCAGGAGGAGGAGGAGGAGGAGGAGGAGGAUGCGGUGCUCGUGCCCCGUUCUGAGCACCACCCGCCCACCCAGAGCUCUGCAAGCCACGGCCACCCACCCUGGGAUGAGCCCCACGGGGCUGUGCCCACCCGGAGCAGCCUUGGGCGGGAUGGUCCCCGGGGUCCCCAGGCAGCGGGUCCGGAGGUGUCCCCUGGGCCAGGAGCUCCGGGCAGCACACAGGGACGUGGCCCAGCCAGGGCUGCAGGGAGCGGCCACCGGGACCCCGGGGAAAGGGGUCUGGCCACCAGCAGCGACAGCAGCGGUGCAGCCCCGCAGGCCACGGAGCGGCACGGCUGGGCAGGAGUGCCCGGGGGGAUGCUGGACACGCAGUCCCCUGGGAUGCGGAGGGCAGAUCCUGCCUCGCCCACACCGCUGGGCUGGGGGCUGGCAGGGAGUGCUGGCAGCCCCCACCCUGCCGUGAGUCCCCCUCCUGCGGGUGCUGCUGGGGCUCCCGUGGGACACCAGCCAGGGCUGCACGCCCCCACAGCCCCCACCUCAGUGCCCUCGGUGGCCACAACAGCCCCUCCAGUGCCCUUGUCCCCUGCCACACCCGAGCCACCCACCCAGCUCAGCUCCAGCGGCCUCACCCAGCAGGAUGCUCUGGUGCCAGCCCUGCCCACAGCCCCAGCUCGUGGCCCGCCUGCCCACGCAGCAGGGUCACCCCUGGAAUGGGGGACACAGGGGGUGUCCCAGCACCUGGACCCGCCCCACACCGAGCUGACCUCCCAUGGGACCCUGCUCAGCGUCACUGCUGGGGCACCCUCACCAUGGACACCCCCAGGGACAUCACCAGGGGACCCCUCACCAUGGACACCCCCAGGGACAUCACCGAGGGACCCCUCACCAUGGACAUCACCAGGGGACCCCUCACCAUGGACAUCACCAGGGGACCCCUCACCAUGGACAUCACCAGGGGACCCCUCACCAUGGACAUCACCAGGGACAUCUGCCUCUGGUGAUGGGGGACACGAAUUGUCCCAGGCCACCCCUUGGCCCCCCCUGCUGUGGGAGAAGAGGCUGGAGGAGGAGGAGGAGGCUCUGCUUCCACUGUCAGCCACCGCAGCAGCCACUGCCAAGCCCAGCUGGGAGGUCGGGAACUGGAGUGAGUGCUCGGCCACGUGCGGUGUGGGCGCGGUGUGGAGGCCGGUGCGCUGCAGCAGCGGUGCCGAGAGCGGCUGUGCCGCGGCCGACAGACCCGUUCCUGCCCGGAGGUGCUCCCUGAGACCCUGCUCGGCCUGGCGUGUGGGCAACUGGAGCAAGUGCUCCAGGAGCUGCGGCGGGGGCACCAAGGUGCGGGAUGUUCACUGCAUCGACACCCGGGACCGGCGGCUGCUGCGGCCCUUCCACUGCCGGGCCGCGCUGCCGCAGCCGCCGGCACAGCUGCCGUGCCGGAGCGCGCCGUGCCUGGCCUGGUACACGUCCUCCUGGAGAGAGUGCUCGGAGCCCUGCGGUGGCGGGGAGCAGGCGCGCCUGGUGACGUGCCCGGAGCCGGGGCGCUGCGAGGAGACAUCGAGACCCAACAGCAUCCGGCCCUGCAACAGCCAGCCCUGCACCACCUGGCUGGUGGGCUCCUGGGGACAGUGCUCGGCUCCGUGCGGAGGGGGCAUCCAGCGGCGCCAGGUGAAGUGCAUCGACACCAGGACGGGGGUGGCCGAGGAGGACAGCAGCCUGUGUGACCACGAGCCCUGGCCAGAGAGCACCCAGAAGUGCAACCCCCAGGACUGUGACGGCUCCGAGCCGGGUGCGCCCUGCGAGCGCGACCGCCUGAGCUUCGCCUUCUGCCGGACCCUGCGGCUGCUGGGCCGGUGCCAGCUGCCCACCGUGCGCGCCCAGUGCUGCCACAGCUGCCACCAGCACGGGCUGCUGGCACCCGGCCGCGGUCACCAGCGGCUCUCCCGGAGGUGA